AUGUUGCUUGUAACUCUCUGUGACUCGGCACCGUUUGAUUAUUGGAUUACUUUUCCGGAUGUAGAGAUUGAUGAUAUUAGUGAACAGCACAUUGAACGGGACUUAGACCCCAGUGACGGCAAUGACUUUUUUCUUUAUGAUAAUUUCGAUAAAAAGCGCGAAGAUGCCGCUGAUUUGGAACUAAAAUUAGAAUUCGGAAAACAAACGUCUGAAGAUGAGCAGUAUCUGCGUUGGAAAUUAGCAAAACAGAAAUACGGCGAGGAAUACUUUUAUCGCGACAAAGACUCGCUCUUCAAAGAAAACGAAUCGAGUCUCGGAAAAAAAGAAAGCAGCGAUAUUGAAACAGGGAACGAUUUACUCAAUUCAUGGGAAGAUGAAUCGGACGGAGAUGAGACAUCGAAUCGAAAAGAUAACGAAGUGGAAGAGAUUGUACCCACAAUGCAACACGUCUCCGGUGAGGUGGACGAGACAGACAUCGAUUCAAAAGAUACAAUCUAUUUACGUAAUUUUGAAAAUCGCAGUGUUUCAUUAAAAUCAGAUAAGGACACUACAUCAGAACUCAAUUUUACAAUUACACAUAGCACGUUAGCGUCAACUGCGCAGACUCGUAGUGAGACGCGAAUAGAACCAACUGGGCUUGCGUCAAUUGAACAAACCAGACUCAAACAAUCGCAACGCCCUGAAAACGUUCACAGUAUCGCUGUUUCACAUACUGGCAUGACUCAGUCUCACAUUACACUCGUUAACACAAGCACAGAUAAAUCGAAAUUUACGGAACUCACAAUCUCUCACAAUUAUAAUGAUAACAGGACACUUGAUGAAAAAGCAUCAAAAUCGACUACAGUCGCUAACACCACGGAGACAGUACCACAAAUACCGAAUACGAUGACAAAAACGUCAGUAUACAACACGCCAGUCUUAACGUCCAUCCCUAUAUACACGGAGAGUAGUAUUAUUGAAUCAAAACAUGUACUUGUGACGACAGUACGUGACGGGACUCUUCUUAUUCCAACGCAUACAGUAACUACCAACACGGCAAAAAGCAGGCACAUUGCAGAAUUCAAAACGGAGCACGCGAAUAAUUUCCAAACAAAACCGACGCCAGAUAAAGACGAACCUGUCGGACAUUCAGGGUCUAGAUCUGAAGUACAGAACAAAGAGCUGAAAAGUUUCACGACACAGUCAAAACCGAAUGCUGUUAUGCCAACUAUGUAUAUGAAAACACCACAUGACGAACUAGUGCAGACGAAAUUAUCAACGAGGGCGUCCCCGGGAGUUGCUUUCACACCGACAAUUCAAGUGACCAGCGGCCAACAACCUGAUCUCAACAACAAAGUUGAAAUUUCUACCAAGCAUGAAGAUUUGUUGAAAAUACUACCGACCAGAUCUUAUUCCACUGUAGAUCCGAUUAUUACACCUACGAUUUGUGAAUCUCAUGAUGAUGUCGUUAAACUAGUGUAUCGAAAAUAUAGUACACCAAAAACGAUGCAAAUAAAACCAACACCAACUAUGAUCAAAGAAAAUAGCAGUGGUAAAAACGAACCAACUCUUGUGUUGGAUGCUUCUGAGUGGGAGUUCACCUCCUUAACAACUUCAACUCGCCAUACGCUAGCGGAAUCUGUAAUAUCAACCACGCAAAGUCGUGUAUCUGCCGUUAUCAGUGGGCGCGACAGGAAUUACCAUAGUCUAUCUCAUCAACAAGAUAACCCCAGUUUGAUUGGCAGUCAUGAAAAUUUAUUUCCAAGGAGAACAACAACAACGGGUAUACUCGUACGUAACACAGUGGUCAACGUGCCGUUAGAAAACCAGGUUAUCGGGCAUAUCGGAGAUGCUAUCCGUUUUGCUACCAGUGUAGCUAAAAUUGACCAAACCCAACAAUUGCCAACUUCUAAGUCAUCAGGUAAUAGUUUUAAUACCGAGCGUUUGUCACCAGACUAUUUCAGCGGUCGUAUCCCUGUGCAACCAGACCAUACUACGGAUGGUCAGACGACUUUUCUGACAUCUACUGACAUCAAACGUCAUAUAUCACAGACAUCCACGUUACCGAGCCGAGAUUAUAUUAGACAAACUGUUUCGCAACCAGGUGAAAUUAUUAAUGACCCGGCAACUAAGCAUUUACUCAAUGAAACCGUUGAUCGACCGACAAGUAAGCCACCGGACAAUAACACUGGAGAAAAUGCCACUAAACUAGUCAAUGGAAAUGACGAACGACCGACAAGUAAGCCACCGGACAAUAUCGCUGUAGAAAAUGACACCAAACUACAAAAAGAAAAUGUUGAUAGACUGACAAGUAAGCCGCCGGACAAUAUCGUUGUAGAACAGCCAACUAAACUACUCAAUGAAAAUGUUGAUAAACCGACAACUAAGUCACCUGACAAUAUUGUUGUAGAAAAUGCAACUAAACUACUCAAUGAAAAUGUUGAUAGACCGACAAUUAAACCAGAUGACAAUGUCGUUGUAGAACAGGCAACUAAACUACUCAAUGAAAAUGUUGAUAGACCGACAACUAAGUCACCAGACAAUAUUGUCGUAGAAAAUGCAACUAAACUACUCAAUGAAAAUGUUGAUAGACCAACAAUUAAGCCACCGGACAAUAUCGUUGUAGAAAAUGCAACUAAACUACUCAAUGAAAAUGUUGAUAAACCGACAACUAAGUCACCUGACAAUAUUGUUGUAGAAAAUGCAACUAAACUACUCAAUGAAAAUGUUGAUAGACCGACAAUUAAACCAGAUGACAAUGUCGUUGUAGAACAGGCAACUAAACUACUCAAUGAAAAUGUUGAUAGACCAACAAUUAAGCCACCGGACAAUAUCGUUGUAGAAAAUGCAACUAAACUACUCAAUGAAAAUGUUGAUCGACCGACAAGUAAGCCACCAGACAAUAUUGUUGUAGAAAAUGCCACCAAACUACUCAAUGAAAAUGUUAAUAGAUCGACAAUUAAGCCAGAUGACAAUAUCGUUGUAGAAAAUGCCACCAAACUACUUAAUGAAAAUGUUGAUAGACCGACAAGUAAACCACCAGACAAUAUCGUUGUAGAACAGGCAACUAAACUACUCAAUGAAAAUGUUGAUAGACCAACAAUUAAGCCACCAGACAAUAUCGUUGUAGAACAGCCAACUAAACUAUCAGAUGAAAUUGUUAAUACCACGACUACUAAACAACCAGACAACUUGAAUGUUGUUGUAGAAAAAGCUACUAAACUGCAAAAUAAAACAGUUGAUAUACCGAAAAGUGUACAACCGAACAAUAUCGUUGUAGAACAGGCUACUAGUCUACCAAAUAAAACUGCUAUUAACAUGACAAUUACACCACCGGAUAAAAACGUUGAAGAACAGGGUACUGAACAACCAAACAAAAUUAUUGAACGACCGACAACUAAACCAGUAGUAAAUAUCACUGUAGAUCAUGGCACUGUUCUACAAAGUAAAACUGUUGAAAGCCCGACCACUACUAGUAAGCCACUAGAAAAUAUCGUUGUAGAACAGUUCACUAAUCUACCGAAUGAAACUGCUGCGAGGCCGACCACUAAACCACCAAACAAUAAUUAUGUGGAACAGGUCACUAAAACUGACGAUAUACAGACCGCUAUAGAACACACCAACAAGUCACAAAACCAUUCUGUUCACACUCAGAAAUCUACACUACCAAGUCCCAUUGCUGAUAGCCAUACCCUCAAACCAUCACGGAAUAUUGUUGAUGACCAGAAUCGUUCACUACCAAGCGUCCGAACGCCUACACUACCAACCUUUCUGUUUGGCGACAAGACAACUUCGUCACCGAGCAUACUCAUUAGCACUCAAGUUCAUGCGCCGAGUGAACAUAGUGUUGACGGUCAGAUAUCUGUCUUACCAGCCACAAUUGUGGAUCAUCAUGAACAUGUACUUUCUUCGAACCAGAUCAAAAAUGCAUCAUUAGAUGUGACAAUUACGUCUAAAACGGACAAACAAAUCCAACGUUCACUGACAACACAAGUUGUUAACAAAUCGACAAUUCCUAGCGAACAAACCAAAAUUGAAUUGACCAGUACGCCACGCAUAUAUCAAACAAAUAAACACAACGUAACAUACAUAACCAACUCAUCGUAUCCUACAAUGCCGCCCGUUGUAGGUCAGAUAAACCGAAUUUCUGUGGUCCAGUCAAUGGCAACUAAGAGCCACAGUCAAACAAUAAACAGAAUCUUACCAUCUUCAACGACGCCAACAAGAAAUGGUUCCAUGGUUAUAAAUGCCGCAUCGAAGAAUACAAGUGACAGAGAACACGACACGAUGUUGUCGACAAAACAAGGACCUGAUCACAUCAUACCGUCCACGAUAAAUAGUCUCAGAGUGACCUCGUUGGCAUUUGUAAAUGACACCCACAUGGCACAAGAACGUGUGACUUUUGAACAAUUAAACUCAACCGAUGAUUUGACAACGACCACAACAAUUAUAGACGAAUCGUCGAAAAAAUCCGAUCAUUAUAGUCAAUGUGAGAAAAAGGCAGCCGAAGAAUUUUGUUUGAACGGCGGUACUUGUCGAUAUUUGCCAGAACUAGGGGAAAACUCUUGCAGGUGUACGCGUGGAUAUACAGGUGUGCGCUGUAGUGACUGGAUACCAGAUAAAUAUCUGUCUGACCUGCUCGAAGAUGAACUGAUGGAUACGGCACUAGGGUUAGCGGUUGCCGUGACAACGUUGAUUCCCAUGGGAGGAGUUACCGCAUAUGCAUAUUAUAACACAAAUAUCCGGUCACAGAUAGAGAAUGAAUACAGGGCCACUCAUUUAUACGCACCGGGUAAUUGAUGAACUACUCAACAUAUAUGUACAUUGUACGGUGGAGAGAUGUCUGUAACAAUCGCAUAUACAAUGGAGAAUGGUACGCUGGAUUACGUGGCUAGCUAAUAUAGAGAAAUAUUUAUUGUGUUUAUUUACUUUAGGAGAAGGUCAAACCUCGGGGUAAUGAAAUAAUGUAUCACGUUAAGUUACAUUAUAUAUAUAUAUAUAUA